GUAGAAUGUCUGUGCGUGCCUAGUGUAGUAUUGCAAAAAUUGUUUCAAGAUGGCGCUAAAUAUUUCCUCAUGGAGAGCAGUCGGGCUUCUCACUGCUGCUGUUCUUUUUAUACUCAUAGGAGUCAGGUCGGACAGUGUGAACUGGAGAACAGUAGAUUUACAAGCCGUUCCUCUUCCAUCAAACCUCAAAGAUAUCAUGUCUAAAGUUGAUAUUUCCCAAGACACUAUAGAUGUGGAUGGAGCACAGAUAUUUUACCAGUCUGCUAGUCCUCCUGACGGUGUGGUUCGAACUGGUAAAACUGUUCUACUACUCCACGGCGCUGCUUUCACAUCUCAAACCUGGAUAGACAAGGUUCCAACUUUGGCUACCCUUGCUGCUCUGGGUCACGGUGUUGUUGCAGUUGAUCUACCUGGAUAUGGUAAAAGCAAAGAGGCUCGGGUGCGGAAUAAUGGCGAGUUCUUGGCUAAGCUGAUCUCCGGAUUGGCAGGGUUCCAACCCAUCAUCAUUACACCUUCCAUGAGCGGGGGAUUCAUCAUACCUAUGCUGUCAAACAAGGAGAACAGAGAUCUCAUCUCAGGGUGGGUUCCAGUAGCUCCUGUAGGAACCUCCCAAGCUAGUGGGUUCUAUUCUUCAAUAUUUACUCCAACUAUGAUUGUCUAUGGGGAGAAGGAUACUGGACUAGGAUACAGGUCACGUGAUGAUUUAUCUGCAUUGCCGAAAUCGACUCUGCCACAGGUUCUGCCGGGAGCUGGUCAUCCUGCCUACCUGGACGCCCCCGAACUGUGGCACACCCUGCUCCAUAACUUCAUAAACAACAUCGAUAUCGACUUCACAGAGUAGAUCCUCAUAUAAGUGUGCAGAAGGAUAUAUGUUCGAGGAAUAUUGUAGAUUUUAAGGAGUCACUACUU